UCUUUGCACCGUUUUGUUAUUCAUUGUCGUUUAUAAAUUAACGUUUAGUAGAUGCGUAACGUUACGUUACGGCCUAUUCACUAAAUUGAUCAGAUGAUUUACACAACUGCUUUGCAGCUGCAGCAUCAGCUAACAGUUUUACUAACAUUACAAACACCAUUACUGAUAACUAGUAACAACACUUUUGAUGUUUUUGUAUGUAUAGGCAAUAUUAUUUAACGCGGAUACUUACGAAUAAAAUAUUUAAUGUGUAUAAAUAAGUGCGUGGGAAGAUCACAAUUGUUAUUCAUUUCAUAAUUAAUUAUUUCCAACCAUUUAAUAUUUGAUAUCGCCGUUAAAGCGUAGAGUCUUUGUCUUUUGUCUAUGUGUGUAUGUACAAGGACAAUUAAAGCUGUAAAAUGUUUACUCACACAUCGCAUUUCUGAUAAAAACGGUUAAUUUGUGUUUUAUUUGCGAUCAAAAGAUAAGUUAAAUUCAAGUCACUAAAGUGUAACAAAAUUUUGUGAUCAUGAUUAAUCAUUCAAUAACUGUUGGUGAUAGGAAUGCAGCUCUUUCUCUACGAUACUAUUAUUGAUUGUAGUUAAUUAUGUAUUAAUCAAAAUGAACGAUAAGAAAAAAAACCAACUUGCUAUUGGUGUUCCUAACACAAUAUUAACUCCAGUCAAAAUUCAAAAAGUCAAAGAAAGUGGUGAUAGUAAGCAAAAAAAUGAUAUUGAAAGUGUUUGGAGUAUUUCGAAAGUAACAAGAGGUGCAAUUAAAAAUUCAAAUUCCAAAAUAGUUAUGAAACAUGCAUUACGACAACAAGCUAAACGAAGACGUAAAAAUACAACUAUUGCUGCAGGGAAUGUAGCUCCUCUUCCUAGAAUUAUUCUGCCAUCUAAUCAAAUAAAUGAAGAAGGAGAAUCUCGAGUGCCUACUAUGUUAGAAGUAUUAUCUUCUAUUCCCGGUUUUAGUUUAGUAAAACCUAGAAAACGUCCUGGAUCUAAAAGAUUAUCAGCUGCUGCUCAGUUACAACAAGCUAAAGUUGAAGGAUGUGUUGAUUUAGAAACACCUGAUUCUGUUCUUGCACAAAUAAAUUUAAGGUCUCUUCUUAAUAAACAAACAUUUUCAAUGCUUCCACGCUUAUAUCAGCACAAGCUUGUUCAAUUGUUACCUCAAGUUGAUCGUGAGAAUGUAACUGAAACUCAAUCUGAUUAUAGGCCUAUUUUAAAUCCAUCCGUUUUGAACAAUGAGUUUUUUGCUCAAGCUUGUCUUGAAUGGACUGAAAGACUUGCGGAAGGUGAAUUUACUCCAGAAAAUCAACAAAAAAUGAAAAUGGAUAUUGAUCGAGAAAAAAGCAAAUUAGACCCAUGGAAGCUGAAACAUUUUGAGCCAAUCUGGGGUGAUAAUAGUAAGUGUUCAAGUUUAAAUAUUUCUGCUUCAAAUUGGAGUAAAUCAAAACAAAGUUAUGUGGAAACUGCUAGUACCACAUCUUUGCAACCACUUAACAGUACUAAAAUAAAUGUUGAAUCAAGUAUGCAAUCAGAUGAAAAUGAAAAUGUUCAGACUGAAGAAAUUUGGGAUACAGUUGAUUCUUCAUCGGUCACCAUUGCUGAACAACUUAUGGAAGAAGUUAUUUUAGACAAUACUGACGGUAUUGAUGAAAUACAAAUGUCACCUGGUAUAAUAGAGAUAACAGAAGAGGAAAAUAUUGAUAAUGUACUAUUAGAUGACAAGUGUUCAAUUGAAAACUGGCCAUUAAGUGAAAUUAAUACUGAAUUAGAAACACUUAUCCCUGAUUUUAAUACUGUUUCUACAACCAAGGAAAGAGUUACAGAUAAUAAUCAAGUUCAAAUAGAAUUAGAAGUUACUCUUACCCCAGAAGUUAAUGAUACAGAUCCAACUUCUUCAACAAAAACUAAUAAAGAAAGAAGUCUAACUAACCCACCUAUACUUUCUGAUGAAAAUACACAAUCUUCAUCGUCUAGUACACCAAUUACGAUCAAACCUGUACAAGUUGUUUCGUCUCAAAACUCUUCUUUACCAGUAACUUCAAUUUUUUCAACAUCUUUAAUUUCUGUACCAAAAUCUCAUUCAGAUUCAAAUUUACCCAAGGAAGUAUUGUUUGUGAACUCUGUUUCAAAUGCAAUAACUCCUAUAACUACUAACACCACUACUACUAUUACAACUAGUGCUGCGAUUAUAGCUACUACUGCUGAGAAUAAAACAAAUCAAUGUGUUUCUUCAAUUAAAUCACAAGCACAGAUAAAUUCAAAUAAUAAUACUGCAAAUAGAUCUAAUAGAGCUUUUACAUCAAAACAACCUCCUGGUGCCAUUAACCUUGAAAGAAGUUACCAAAUUUGUCAAGCGGUUAUUCAAAAUAGUCCUAAUCGUAAUCAUUUGAGAUGUCAACUAAAACCACCACCAUCAGUACUAGUAGGAAAACAAACAUUUGUUCGGACUGGAGCUACAAAAACUAUACGUAAUAUAAAUAUUAGUAAUGUUUCUCAACCAAUGGUUGUUAAACAUGUAUUUUCAUCAUCUAGAGGGAUUCCAGUCACCAUGUCAGUGUUGCCUACUUAUACAGCUGAUCAACAAAAACACCAACCUCAUACUCGUCAUCACCAACAAAAACAACAGCGACAUCUUACUGAAACCCAAAUAGGACAAUAUGUUUUAGUACAAAGAUCAGGUGGAAUAACUGGUAUAAGACGAUCUUCUAGUGCUCCUCCAACUAACAAUAAAAUACCAUCCUUAAUAAACGGUGGUAGACCUGCUAGUGUAGGUAUACAAGUAUCAACUUAUCCACAUUCACAGCAAAGUGAUUGCUCUUGCAGUUUAAAUGCUAUGGUGGUUUGUAAAAAGUGUGGCGCAUUCUGUCAUGAUGAUUGUAUAGGGCCAUCAAAUGUUUGUGUUACAUGUCUUAUUCGAUAGAAUAAUAUGCUUAAGUAUAAAUAUUAGGUCAAUAAGUCAGUUAAAUUUGUGUUUAAUAUAAUAUUUGGAUAACAAACUAGAGUUUAUUUUUUUUUAUUAGCAA